AUGGUUGACGUGUUUAACGUACAAAUCUUCUUUGUGCUCUUCAGGGAGUCCUUGGAGGCCGCUAUUGUGGUUUCUGUCUUGCUUGCGUUUUUGAAGCAAGGUAUUGGUAGCGUCUCUGAUGACCCUGUCGUCUACAAUAAGCUCCGAAAGCAGGUUUGGCUAGGAGCGAUACUGGGGGUGGCAGUUUGUAUCAUCAUCGGCGGUGCGUUCAUCGGCGUGUUCUACGGAUUGGGGAAGGAUGUCUGGGGAAAAUCCGAGGAUUUGUACGAAGGGAUCUUCUGUAUCAUUGCCACAGUCUUGAUUUCCCUCAUGGGGAUUGCCAUGUUGAGAGUCAACAAGAUGCAAGAGAAGUGGAGAGUGAAGUUGGCCAAAGCCUUGUUGGAGGAGCCAAAGUCUAAGAAGGACAGGUUCAGAAUUGGCUAUCUCACCAAGAAGUACUGCAUGUUCAUCUUACCCUUCAUCACCACCUUGAGAGAAGGGUUGGAGGCUGUUAUUUUCGUUGGUGGUGUCGGCUUGGGCUCCCCUGCCACAUCGUUUCCAAUCCCAGUCAUUGUUGGAUUGAUUGCCGGCUGUGGCUGUGGUGCUCUUUUGUACCUCGGUGGUUCUACCGCUGGGAUGCAGAUUUUCUUGGUCAUCUCCACCUGUAUUCUUUACUUGAUUUCCGCCGGUUUGUUCUCUCGUGGUGUCUGGUUCUUUGAGAACUACCGUUACAGUAAAAAAACUGGUGGUGACGCUGCCGAAACUGGCUCUGGUCCGGGUUCUUAUGAUAUCUCUAACUCAGUUUGGCACGUCAAUUGUUGCAACCCAUUGAUUGACAACGGUUGGGAUGUGUUUAACUCUCUUUUUGGAUGGCAAAAUUCCGCCACGUAUGGUUCUGUUAUCGCGUACAACGUCUACUGGUUGUGUUUGAUCGUCGCCAUUGGUUUGAUGUUGUUCGAGGAAAAGACGGGUCACUUGCCUUUCACCAAGGGAUUGAGAUUGGUCGAAUUGAACCCGAUGUACCACAUUAAGAACAAGAAGAAGAAUGAGUUGACCAAGCAGGAACAGGAUGUUUUGUUUGAGCAACUCAAGAAGCAUAAGAUCGAGGGUACAGACGCGGCGGACACUACUGUCCCAAAGAGAAGCGCUUCCAUUGAAGUCUCUGCCUUGUAA